UUUUCGUUUAAAACCCUAAACCACCAGAGGAGACAAACCAGUUCCCUCCCUCCUCCACGAAACCAUGAAGUUCCGAUCUACGCACAGGCUCCCCGUUUUCCUCAACUCUCAUCAGUUCAACUAUCGCCGUCUUCAUCACCGCCAUUUCUUCAUUUCUUUCCACAAGAAAUUUCAUUCGACGUCGCCGACUCGUGCCGCUUUUAGCAAUGGCGACGGUGGCAACUCUAAAGGCAAUGCUUUCCUGGUACCUGGUGCAACUGCAGCUACCUUACUUAUGCUUGGUGCUCUGCAUGCUCGUCGGAUGUAUGAUGACAAAAAGUUGGAAGAGGCACGAGAGAAAGGGGUUGAAAUUGAAUUCCAACCUGAUGCAAAAGCUUCAUUUUUGAGGAUGCUACCCUUACGCUCCAUUUCCAGAGUUUGGGGUUCUUUAACUAGUGUGGAACUCCCUAUCUGGCUGCGCCCAUAUGUCUAUAAAGCUUGGGCAAGAGCAUUUCAUUCAAACUUGCAAGAAAUGUCUCUCCCUCUCGAAGAAUAUUCUUCUUUACGUGAAUUCUUUGUCCGCACAUUGAAAGAAGGGUCCAGGCCUAUUGACCCUGACCCACAUAGUCUGGUAACUGGUAACAAGCUUCUUGCUGAUGUUUCACAUCCAUACUGCUGUUAUUGGAUAUAGUGCCAAGCAGUGAGUAGUCUGUAGAGCAUCUCAUUUUGCAUUUUUGCAAUCUCAGGCCAGUCCCGUAGAUGGUACAAUUCUAAGAUUUGGGGAAUUGAAAGGACGAGGGGCUAUGAUUGAACAAGUCAAAGGGUUUUCGUAUUCUGCUUCUUCCCUACUCGGAGCUAGCUCCUUCCUUCCCAUGGUAGCUGAAAGGGAUGUGCCUGAGGAAACUAGCGAAGACCGAAGUGACCAUAAAGAGAACAGCCAAAACGCACAAUGGAGAAUUUCAUUGUCUUAUCCUAAAGCCAGGGACACAGUGAGAGCAACAAGUCCAGGGAAAGGACUUCACUACUGUGUAAUUUACUUGAGACCUGGAGACUAUCACCGCAUACACUCACCAGUUGAUUGGAAUAUUCUCGUUCGCCGUCACUUUUCAGGACGCCUUUAUCCAGUGAAUGAACGUGCAGCAAGAACAGUCAGAAAUCUGUAUGUUGAGAAUGAAAGGGUAGUAGUUGAAGGUCUAUGGAAUCAGGGAUUCAUGGCCAUGGCUGCAGUUGGUGCUACCAAUAUUGGAUCGAUUGAGCUUCUCAUUGAGCCAGAGCUUAGAACUAACCUGCCAAGAAAGCUGCCAUCUACUUCUGAUCCUCCAGAAGAACGGGUUUACGAACCUGAAGGCAUCGGAAGACUAGUCAAGAAAGGAGAUGAGAUAGCUGCUUUCAACAUGGGUUCAACAGUCGUGCUUGUCUUUCAAGCUCCUAUGUCGAAACCAGCCAAAGAUGGAAGCCCAUCUUCAGAAUUCAGGUUCAACAUCAAACGUGGGGAUCGAGUUCGAGUUGGAGAAGCACUUGGCACAUUCCAUGAUGUAUAGAUUACAGAAGCAUUUGCUCAUUUUGCUGAAGUUGUAUGGUUCAGCUAAGCAAAGCAGACAUCCGAGUGUUUCAUACUUCCACUGAGAUUCACUGCUGUACAACCUCCAUGUGGUCAACUUUGGCGAAGUUUACUUGUGAAAGUUCGUUGUAAUUUUAGGGAACAGUAGCUGGAAUUUACUGGGUUACUCCUGAGUCAUGAUCUACACCUUGUGUGAGACAUUGCUAUAUGGGAAUUUUGAUCCCCGGAAGGGUUAGUAAAAUCGUGUUGAAGAUCUACUGCUUGUGUGAAAAUGUAUUGAGCCUAAUCAUUCAAAGUUUUAGGGUAAAGGAGUGAAAAUUGAUC